AUGCCGAGAAAAAUCAAGAGAAAAAUCACGACCCGCGAAGCAUUGAUAUCCGUGUGGAGGAAGUUGGUAGUUGAUAUCGACCUGGAUGUUUCUACGGAACCCGAGACCCAGGGAGCUGUAAGAGAUGAAGAUCUACAACGGCAUAACGUCGUUCGCAUUCCCUUUAAUAUCGAAGACUGGAAUUUCGACGAAAACAUAGACGAGCGGCCACCUGUUCUUUUGGAGCCACUGGCACCUGAGGUACUUCAGAUGCAUCCAAUGCGCAGAGAAACACCAAUAGGACUACGAUGGCGCUCUUAUAUUCCUCCAUCUACCAGAGACGCACAUGACCUUCUUCAGCGUUGGGGUAUCUCUAGUUGUCUGCAACGCGUGUGUAACUACAUGGAGAUAAUACUUACAGAGCCGGGUCGGUUAGAACUGCCUUAUGAAGAAUCUAGUCUUUUGGCAUAUUCUGGGCUCUAUAUGAUUGUGUACCCCAGCCCAUAUCUGAUGUUCCCUGGCAUGGAUAGUUGCCGGAGGGGAGUUGAAACAUGGACUAGCCUUCUCCUGCUAGAGACAGGCGAUGACACUGGCCCACCCACUUGUCCACAUGUGACCAUGAUGGUUCAGCACGAUUGCAAUGGUAGGGAAGAUUCCAUCCUGUAUGGCGAGUUAGCCUCGUUGGUCUCGGCUAUGCACGCCCGCGCAGAGCAGCCCAUGCUCGAAGAUGAGGAAAUGGAGAGAGCAUUCGAUGAAGGCCCCGGGUCUUAUCGAAACAAACCGCUUGUGUUUCCAAGAGAGAAGCGAUAUCCGGUCCUUCAACUUUCCUUUAUAGGCCCUCAGCAUGCGCGGGUUCUUUAUGCUUGCAUGGAUAAAGAUCGGAUUAUUAUCUGCCAAUCGAAAAUCUACAGCUUUGAAACAGAUGAGGAGGCGCCAUCGGACCUCUUCCUACGAAUAAUUGCGAGCAAGCCUCUGACAGAAUAG